AUGGUUAUUUUUGUCGACCUAGAUGACGAAGAUGUCGAGCCGCCGCAUCACCUGCAGCACGGCAAGCUGCUCUGGAGCAGCACCGCCGCCGUUCUCGACCGUGCACACGGCCAACAAGUGCGGACGCCGCCUUCGUCUCCCCCCAUCCGACCCCAGACACAGAACAAGACAAAGUCGGAAGGGCCGUCAAUACAGGAUGACGCCAAUGCCCACGACAAUGUCGAGGAGGCUCACAAGCCCGAUGUUGCGGAGAUUCCCAACUGGAAUUCCAUGACAGAGGCUUUGGGAUGCUAUCCAAUUUCUGCCACGAUUGCCUCCUUCAUUGAUCAAAACACCCUGGACAGCCUGGCACGCACCUGUCGCCAGAUCCGUGCCGGCCUUAUUCAGUUCCGCAAGCCGCUGCUCGCGUCCACCCUCCGAUGCCACAAUGAAAAUCUACCCGUCGACAGCGAAGAGACACUGCGGUACCGGGCACGCGCAGGCAACUGGUUCUACAUGGAAGACCAGGCGCGCACAUCGUAUGAUACUAAGGCGGGCGAGUGUGCACGCGACAUGGUGGGCGGCUGCCGGCGCUGCGGCACUAUAGUGUGUAGAAACUGCGCGAUCAAACCUCCUGCACCUAUUGUCCUCCGUGACCGCCAUCGCCGCCUCUGUGAUGGUUGCGUCAAGGCACCUCUCACUACGCUCGCCAAGCCGCCCCUGCCUGCCUCUACACCUUUGGAAUCCGAUGCAAUGCAACUGGCCAUCUGCUGCUGUGCGUCUGAGGGGGUCUGGCUCUGUCAGCCGUGUGGUCGUAGUAUCCGUGGUGCCGACUACGACUACAGAGCCAUCUGGAAGUGGCGGACACAAUACGGCGAGGUGCUUGGGGGUCUCGGAACGGGCAUCGGUGAGGGUGAUCGUGGCGUGAUUUGCGGUCGCGACCAGGACUGUUGCUGUGCCAAAGAGCGCGAACAGGAAACUGACUGCGAUGCUGAAGACGCACGCGAGGCCGAAGACUCGCCCAAUGGCUCGUUGGCAGGCUCCGCAAGCCCCCUGGCAUCGCCAGCCGUGUCACCCUCGGCUGUCAUGAACGAGUCGCCCUGGGCAGUUCCUAUCGCGCCAGCUACACAAGCUGCAGCCACAGUCGGGUCGCCGCUUUACUCACCCGAGGUUGCGGCCGCCGUGACCAACCGGCGUACCCCAUCGCCCGCACUUGGCCCAGGAUAUGCUCGACACGAGAUCGAGGGCAUCGGUGGCGUUGUGAAGCGGAAGCGCGUCAAGAUGGUGCGGGUGGGCGCCUGCGUCCACGACUGGGAGGAUGAGCUGGCACGGGGCGCCAUUCUCGAGCGUGAGAUCACAGGCAGUGUACGGAGUUGGUGCGGCUGGUGCUGGCGGCCGAUUCCUAGCCAGCGUGACGCAGACAACCAUGGCUCGGACGACCAUGUGGAUUUGCAGGCGCACUAUUAG